AUGGCUUCGUUCAAUAACCAGCACCAGUGCAAGCAAGCACCAACCUUGCCCCCCGCACUGGGCAAAACAGUGCCAUUGCCGGAACCGAUACCCUGCCCACCGGUGGUGACGAUACCAGAUUGCCCUGUGGAGCAGCACCAAUGCAAGCAGACCAUCACUGUUCCUCCAGUGAUAUGCCCACCAGUAGUGGAGCCGCCCUGCAAGGAGCCACAGGUGGUGGUUGUGCCAGCUCCAUGCCCAGAACCAGUUCCAUGUCCUCAGGAGAAGCCUCCAUGCAAAGAGCCACCAGUGGUGGUCAUUCCAGCUCCAUGCCCACCACAGGAGCCUGUUCCUUGCCCCCAGCAGAAGCAACCCUGCAAGGAGCCACCAGUCGUGGUCAUUCCAGCUCCAUGCCCGGAGCCAACACCCUGUCCUGAAAAGAAGCCUCCAUGCAAGGAGCCACCAGUGGUGAUUGUUCCAACUCCAUGCUCACCACAGAAGACAGUUCCUUGCCCCCAGCAGAAGCAACCCUGCAAGGAGCCACCAGUCGUGGUUGUUCCAACUCCAUGCCCACCACAGGAGCCCAUUCCUUGCCCCCAGCAGAAGCAACCCUGCAAGGAGCCACCAGUCGUGGUUGUUCCAUUUCCAAGCCCAGAACCGAUUCCAUGUCCUCAGGAGAAGUCUCCAUGCAAGGAGCCACCAGUGGUGGUCAUUCCAGCUCCAUGCCCGGAGCCAACACCCUGUCCUGAAAAGAAGCCUCCAUGCAAGGAGCCACCAGUGGUGGUUGUCCCAGUGCCGUGCCCAAAGAGUCCAUGCAAGGAGCCAACUCCAGUGCCAUGCUCACCUCCUGCUGUAAAAUGCCCACCACCCAUGGAUCAGCAGCAGAGGAAGCAGCCGUGCCAGUGGCCCCCCCAGAGCAAGUGA